UUUAGUUCCCUAUUCGUCACAGAAGCGCCAUCAACUCAAAAAAAUAGUUUCAUUUCGUGCCCCAAGUUUUCUGAAAAUGCGUCCAAAAUCCACCGUAAAAUGAACGUGAAAAUCUACCUUUCGUCCAAGCUGGUGGAGCAGUGCACCUUCUGCCAGCUAUUCGGCUUGAUCGAGGUGCAACGGGACGAGAUUCGAUUCGUGGUGCUAGAUAGCCGCCUGCUCCCGGGUACGUAUCUGAUCGGCGAGAUUUGCAGUGAGUCGGACUACCACCGCCAACAGCACCUGCAGGAUGUCGUGGACACAUCCGGUACCGCCACCCUCCACGAGGAAAAUUUCCUGCGGUUGUCCAUAUCGGACCGAGGCCGAAUCAAACACGUCGCCACCAAAGUCAAAGGGGUGACCAUCGAAACCCUGAACAAGGUGCUGAUCAUCUACGACGAGCAGGGGUUCGCAAAUUUGGCCGAGAACCGGCAGCAGCUGUUGCAGCCGGACGAGAACGAUAACGACCUGCUGCAUCUGGCGCGAUUGAUCAAAUCGUCCAAGCCGCUCAGGAACUCGGCCCUGAAGGAUCUAUUCGGAUAUGCGAUGGAUUGUCGGUUGGCCAGGGUGCUGGAGGUCUUGAUGAGGCCAGUUCUGGCAGUGUUAAGGGUUUUCCUUCGGAAGACGGCGUUGUUCUACCAUUUUUCCGAGUGGUACACCAGUAUUCGGAACAAGGGCAGCGAAGGUGCCAAAUGGGCUCUCCUAUUCGAUAUAGGCCUCGGAGUUGCUGUCCUGUCGUUGGUCUUGUACUUCGGAAAUCCAGGAGUAUAUUUUAUGCACUAUGCUGGGCUGGUGGUGCACUACCUGCGUGAACUGCUACAAACUCUCCGCGGAAGCCCCAUCGGCCUGAAACUGAACGCUCCGCUCAAUGAUUUCUUCCUGAGCUGCUUCCUGUACCAGGUCAACCUCUGGUGGUCGUUCCUGAUCAUCGUCUCACCGGCCAUCCGGUUUCUGUUCCUUCCGCUGUCGAUCCUCGGUCUGCUGGGACUUUCCUUCCAGCUGGCCAUGCUGUCCGACUUGAUCAUACUAAUCAGCCUGCACGCGCACUGCUUCUACAUCUACGCGGCCGUUUUGUAUCGAAUCGAAAUCGGUGGCAUACGGGCCCUGUGCCGGAUUGUCCUGGGCAAGAAGAAGAACGUGCUUCGCGAUCGGGUCGAGUCGCAUGAGUACAUGAACCGGCAGCUAUUCCUGGCCACAUUGACCUUCGCGGUGCUGCUGUUCUUGCUGCCGACCAUCCUGGUGUACUACGUGGUCUUCGCUAUGCUCCGGUUCGCGAUCUACUGCGCGUCGUUUACGUUGAUGACGAUCCGCCGAACGAUCCUGCAGUUCCCGUUCGACGGAAUGAUCCGUUGGCUGCGCGGAGUCUACACCAGCCUGGAGAGCAUGGAGAUCUAUAACAUUGGUGCGCAAGCCCGGGAGAACAUCACCAUAAUCUACAUCGCACCGCGAUCGAGUUCCAGCUUCUGGAGCGGAGUAAGCUGGAGUAGCGACGAAGAAGCGGCACCUUUCGAUGAUGGAGGUGCUGCUAAGAAAGGACGUUCGCCGGUGGCGAUGCGAUCGAUCUCGAUAGGGCAGUUUUUCUGUAGUCUGGUUCGCGGAGAGAUGGUACCGUUCAUCCAGCCGGAUGAGAGCGUCCACCUGAAGGUGGAAUAAAAUGCUAGUCAGUGCAAAACAAAUGGGCUAAGGUGUAUCUUUAGUAGAUUUUGAUGAAGAGUCCUUGAUCUGGAAGAUCUUCACCGAA